AGUCGUCCACCUUGAGCAUGUUUCGCACGCUGCUCAAGCUCGCUCUCUUCUGCGCGCACCCGCUCGCGGCGCUCGGCUUCACUCCCCCGACCGACCAGGCCUUCGCCGUCUUUGGCAACGACGCAACAAAGGCUCUCAUCAAGCAGUGGAGCCCGCGGCCGAUGAGAGUGGAGACAGGCAGCGUGAUGCUGCCGGCGUCGACGGAGAACAUGCAGCGAUUCGUGCGGGCGCGCAUUCUGCUCGAGGACCCGUCCGUCGGCUGCGUCGCUUCGGCUCCGGGCAGCGACGGCAUCUCGCUGAUUCUCUGCAGAUUCACCGGCGCGGAGCAUCAAGGCGCCGCCGCCCCGCCCCUCGGGAGGCCCACCCGGCCCGCCCGCCACUCAUUGAUCCUACCGCUGUGGCAGCCGGGAUCCGACGCGGGGAGCACGUUCCGGUCGCUCGCGAGCUGGCAUCGCGAGCGCCUCUCGCACAAGCUGCUGCGCGCACAUCGAGCGCCCGGAGGAUCGCGCAGCGUGGGCCAGCAGCGACCACCAGCCGUGAGGGCGGCAGGCACGGCCGUGCGAGGCGCGCUCGCGUGCUCCCGCGUCGCGGCGCGGCGCGUCACUCUCGCAGGGGUCCUCACCGAUGUCUCCGCACGCACGCAGGGGCCGCGGGAGCCCAGACGUUGACUCGACGGUGUAGCCGCUGAGCCCCCUCGACCUGUCGACUUUUUGAUUGCAUGAAUGUGGGCGGUGUACUCUUGUGGGGAGGUCGUACUUUGCCCAGGACGGGCGCGCAGCGGAGGCGGCAGGAGCAGCCGGGGGUCGGGAGAGAUCACGCAUGUGAGAGGAGCGGCGCGGUGUGGCUUUGCGUCGGCCGGCGCACAACCGUACGGUCGUGAGGUCAGUGCGGGAGCCGCAGCGGAAAGGAGGUCUGUCACGGGGGGGGCGUGGCGUGUAGAGUGGGGCACUUUCCAUGGACUAACCUAUCUUACUCAGAAA